GUCAAUGGUAGACACUAGCGACAGCAACAUCGUCGUGCUUCUUCUUUUAAAAUAAUCCAAGAUGUCUAAACGAGGACGUGGUGGUUCCGCGGGAGCCAAAUUCAGGAUAUCUCUUGGUCUACCAGUUGGUGCAGUUAUUAAUUGUGCCGAUAAUACUGGUGCCAAGAAUUUGUAUGUUAUUGCGGUACAAGGAAUCAAAGGCCGGUUGAACCGCUUACCAGCAGCGGGAUCCGGUGAUAUGAUUGUUGCUACUGUAAAGAAAGGAAAACCUGAACUUAGAAAAAAGGUAAUGCCUGCAGUGGUCAUACGACAACGAAAACCAUUUCGUAGGAAGGACGGCACGUUUAUAUACUUUGAAGACAAUGCAGGUGUAAUUGUCAACAACAAAGGCGAAAUGAAAGGAUCAGCUAUUACGGGACCUGUAGCAAAAGAAUGUGCAGAUUUAUGGCCAAGAAUUGCAUCUAACGCCAGCAGUAUCGCAUAAUUCAUCCUGUAUAAAAGAUCGACAAAAUAAAUCUGAAAAUAUUAACAUUU